GGCAGACCGCAGCGGCGGCAGUCGAGUGUUAGCCGGCCGCCAAGUCUGUUCAGGAGUGACUAUCGUCGCUUGCGAGCACCCUGUCCGCCAGCUGCGUUUCUUCACUGAAAACCGGCAUCCUUCGGCCCCUUUCGUGAACCCUGUCGAUGGCCAGCGACUGCGCGUCGGUCGAGUGCGAACCCUGAACAGUACAAACCCUGACGAACGGUUCGCCGGUGCACUCGUCACGUACCCUGCGUACAUACCCCGCGAGUGCGGUGUGCUCUGGUCGUUGUUGCUGACCUCCACAGUCGGCGACCGAUCAGAUUCCGAAGUAGAAAUUGUUGAUUCUUUCGGUGGUCGAGUGCGGUGAAGUUCAAUCGUUUGCGGAUUUUUUGCGACAACUCGCUUGACCCAACAUGGAUGUGCUGCCCAGCGGAAACAUCUUCCAGGAACUGCAAGACAUCCACGACACAGGCUACUUCUCGGCCCAGCCAUCCCUCGAGGACCACUGGCAUCAGAACUGCUACGAAAUGGAGCGGUACCUGAAGGAGGAGCCGAAGCUGCAGAGCUACAAGAAGCUGCCGACAGACCUGGACACGCCGUGGAACAUGUUCUCGGCGCCGGUGGUGGUGACGGCGUCGUGGACAACGACGCCGACGGUGGCCGAGGCGGUGGAGGAGGCGGCGACCGUGGACAUGGCGGACGCGCACCUGGCGUCGGCCGACGAGGACGACCGGCUGAGCCUGGACGAGCUGCACCUGGAGGUGGGCGAGGAGGAGCGACUGCACUCGGACUGCGCCAGCCUCAGUUCGGCGAGUUCGUGGGACAGCAGUAAAGAGGGCGAAGGUGGCGAGUCGUCGCUCGAGCUGCGGUUAGCGCACCAGUCCACCCUGACGCCACCUUCGAGCCCCGAAUCAGGGGCGCACAGUAGCAGUAGUAGUGGCGCGCCGAGUCCGGCGGGCCCCCGAUCCAAGGGCGCCAUGCUGAGGCUGUCCGUGGCCGCCUCCAGAGCCGCCUCCUCCUCCUCCUCGUCGUCCAGUGCCUCCUCCUCCGUGGCCAGGUUGCUGGCGCCCGCCACCUUCCACCCCAACAGACUGCAGGCCGACCACUCGCCAGACUCCAAGCGGAGAAUCCACAAAUGUCAGUUCCCCGGCUGUAAAAAGGUCUACACCAAGAGCUCGCACCUCAAGGCGCACCAAAGGACGCAUACAGGCGAGAAGCCGUACCGCUGCUCGUGGGAAGGUUGUGAGUGGAGGUUCGCCCGGUCCGACGAGUUGACGCGUCACUACAGAAAACACACGGGCGCCAAACCGUUCAAGUGCCGGCACUGCGACCGCUGCUUCUCGCGCUCGGACCACCUGGCGCUGCACAUGAAACGCCACGCGUAAUCCUGUACAUACACACCUAGCGUUAGACAGACAGACAGAGAUGAUUGUGUUAAUAAUUAAGAUACCCAUGACCCUCCCCAAGCACUGCCAUACUCUCUCCAGGGAUACAUUAUUACAUAAACACGAUAAUCGGGGCCAGUGUAUGUGUGUAAAUCUGACGCGCUAUUCAUCUCAUGUAAAUAUGCAGAAAAAAACACGAGAAAAGUCUCCCAGGAAGACACCGCCGGUCUUUUUGUAUGUUGUUUUAAAUUUUAUAUAGAGAGAAAGAGAUAUAAUUUUGUUUGUUCUGCUAUAUUUGAAAUUUUAUUGUGUUCAAUUUCCUUCUAAAUUAUUGAAUAAUUAGGUUUAAAUUAAAUUUUACGGUUUAAAUUAUUAUAUUGUCGGUUUGACGUACCUUUCUGAUUUACCAUCAGCGUCAGUAUUCUUGUGUUACCAGUAUUUUAGGAAUCUAAGUUUUUUGCUAUUCACUUUGUGAUUACAAAUUAAAAUAUUAUUAUUUUUCAAGUCUAACUUUAUUAUAUAUAUUUGGUGUAUAAUUUUAUGAUUUGUGUACUGAUAUAAAUGCAUAUUAUAUAAAUAAUUUUAUUUUUGUACGUCAUUCAAACUGAUGAAUAUGGCAAAUCGAUAGUUCCCACCGCGACGUUAUGUUCUGGAAGAGAUUUUUGGCAGAGGGUAUGAAUUAAUUAUCGCAAUCCAAAUCAAGCAAAAUUCUUUAUAUAUAAAAAACUGACGGACACGAAGAUCAAGAGAGUUCAAUGUGUUUCAUUGAGACGCAGAAAAAUGGUUAUUUAAAAAUUGUGAUGAACUUCUAUUUAAGAUUAGGAUGGGUAUUUUGUAAAUAUAGGAUAGUGAUAAAGUGUUAAUCAUAGUGUUUUUUAAUUAAACUUUGAGAAUUUAUAAAUUGAUUACUGAUAAUUGUACACGUAGGAAAAAAACUAUGCAAAAUAAUCUGUUUCCUCAAUCAUGGGCCAUUUCAUCAUCAGAUCGAAACCAAAUUUGUUUGUGUUACUCGUAAAAUCUGGCGAGGGUAAAAUCAUUUCCAAAGACUUAAAAAACUGCUUUUCGUUUUAUAAUUAUAUAACUUUAUAUACUCUAAGCACACCUUAAGUUAUUGAUGAUCACAGAUCAAAAAAACUAGGAGGACUUUCCUGCAAAAACCAUUCAACGUCCGAAUUUUUCCAAAGAAAAAGUCUUCCCUCGAGAUAAUAAUCGACAAAGUGAAAAUUCAGAGAUUUGGAUGAAUACGAAGCACAAAAUUAUUCUUCAAGAACGCAGCACAAAUUAUAUAAAGUUUUUAGAAACAUAUAAAAUACUCUCAAGUGGAAGGUUUUUCAGGAAUUACUCCCGGUUUUAAUGUAAAAGAUGGGCCGGCAUAAGAAAUAUAGAUUCAGUUCUAGUUGGUAAUAGUAAUUGUCAAAUCAAUCCAGGCAGUUUUUCGCUUGCUCAGUGAUCAUGGCACCCACUUUUCUCAAAUCUGCAGAGAAAUAAAUUUAACACGCGAAAAUGAAACAUUUAAAUUUCACAUCCUCACCUACAGUUAAUUAAACUCUUGGUGGUUUCUCUAUAAUUCUUCUCGUAUGUCGAUUCGAUUUUGAUUGCUUAGCUUUAGUUCUUUGGAGCAAUUAGUUGUAACGGAUUUAGUCUGUAUUGUAAUCAUGUGUAGCAGGAACUAAAGUUUUUUGAAAUAAACAUACAAAAAAAAACGAAACACACAAACACACACUCUCGAUUUCUUACUGUGUACGAUAAUAACAAAAAAACAAAAAUCCGCAAGAAAAGAGAAUUAAACCAUUGAUAAAUAAGAUACAACGAUGAUGGAUGUUCAACUUUUAAAUUGUCUUAUAUAGAAAUUUUGGAUUUUUGAUGUUGAAAAAUAUCUCUCUUUGGUUUCUAGACGCACAUAUACGCAUCAAGAUUGUAGAGAGCGCGCUAUCCUCGGUGGUAGAACAUGUGGAUGCUGUUGAUUCACGAGACAAAAAAAAGUAAUGUCAGUUAUUUUUCCAAAAUGAGAGAAGAUAUUGUGAGAGAUUAAGCAAGGAUUCAAUAGAAGCAAAUGGGACAAUUAUCUUGAUAUUUUUAUAAAAAUGGUUUUUUUAAAGACACACAAAUAUUAGCACAAGCGCAGCACCUGCAUUGGAAUGGAAACGUGACGAAAUGAUGAUAAGAUGGAUUGAAAUUUAAAGUUUUUUACUUUUAUGAACUGUUUUUGUACAGACUUAAAUAUGUAAGGUUAGGCUAUAGGAAGGCAAGAUCGCAAAGACGAGAAAAUUCCCACUUUUCGCCUCCAGUGCGAGGCAAAAGUGGAUGGAAAAAAAUUAUAAAAAAAUCCUAGUGUAUAAUAUCGUUGUUGUCGAUGCAUUAAACUACAAAAAAAAAUAUUGUGCCAUGAUUUGUUGCACAAAAUAAAUUUCAACUGCGUAUUCUCGUGAGAAAUAGUUUUGUACGCAUUCGGCAGUGUUUGGUAAAAGCAAACGCGACGUGUUUUUCUGUUACCGGCGAUGGAGAGAAAGAGAGUUGCAUCUGCGUUCCCCCUCUUCGAUUUCCAAUAAUUCACUGUCAUUAAUAUAUUCCCGAUAAUUUUUAAUAGUGUAUCAACAUUUUGCAAUAAGGACUAGAUUUAUAUUUAUAAGUUCAAUUUUUGUACAACUUAUGAUUAUGCGUAUUACAUAUUUAAGGAUUUUUAUAAUUGAAAAACCGCGAAAAUAAACAUUCAACUCCGCUACACACUUGAUUGUUUGGUUGACUGAUUAAUUUUUUUUUUUAAAUCUCUUCGCUAAGUACGAAUAUACGUGAGAAAAUUAUUUUUACGCGCAAUCAUGUACAGCCUGGGGGAAUUCCAAAUUGAAAUUGAGUGAAAUCUGCGCGGCAAGAAGUGAUAAACUCCAUUGGUGAAAAACUAUCAAACCUGAUUUGGAAAGAUAUAUUAGCAGACUGAUUGAGGAACCAGGAAUUGAAAAUAAAAAUGUAUUCGUGAAUUGAUUGUAAACUCGUUCGAGUGGAAUUUCGAAAUAAUCCAACAAAACUCAGUCAUUCACCAUAACACAGAAUAAUUAUCUCUCCGGCAUGAAAAUCAACCCCACGAAAUGUCACUGGAGUAUACAAUAAUAUGUAAGAUGAAAAAAUGUGAGAUAUUCCCUCAGAGUAGCACUGUAAAUUUAGGAGAAAGGAUUUAUAUAUGAAAAUUAUAAGAAAACUCGUCGGGAAAAAUGUACAAUUGCGGUAUGGGAAAAUGAGGAAAAAUUGUGUGUAAAUUUAAGGAUAAUGUGCAUGUCAUUGAGUGAAGAUAAAAUUAAAUAAAGUAUGUUCCUGUUAUAUGUUUCGAAA